CACACAGAGUUGGAAGAGGUGUUUCGAGAUGAAAAAACAAGCGGCGCGUUUUGCGGCCAUUUUAGUUUUCGUUUUCUUUCUCUUUGUGUUGCUUUGUUCAAUAUGUCAAGAUACCAAAUCAAGAUUCAAGCUGAAAAGAAUUAAACACAGCCCAACAUCGUACAACGAAAACAAGCUGAGAAUAAUUUUCUUAAAUGAGAAAGUCAAGAGAGCAAAGGCGUGUAAGAGACUGGGUCUGACCACAGGCCGCUCCCACGUGAUCCAUCACCCUUGGAAGCUGCGCACAGCUCUUGUCGAUGACGUCAGCCAGGUCAUGUUCUGUUACAUCCCCAAAGUCGCGUCGGGAAACUGGAAACGAGUCUUCAUCAUGCUGCAAAAGGGCAUUAGUAACCCGGCCUUCAUAGAUACACAGGCUGCCCAUAAUACAAAACUAAGAAACCUAGGCAGUUCGAGCAGUGAAGAAAUAGCGCGCGUAGUAAAGAAGUAUAGACAGUUCGUCGUUGUACGAGAACCAAUGGAGAGGCUGCUGUCGGCGUAUAUAAACAAAAUCCACAAGGCCGACUACACGGGAAAAUUUCACCGAUUACUAGGACGACAGGGUCUACCACAGGGUGACCACAAGAUACCAUAUCAAGAACAAGUAAACGACACUGAGAAGAUCUCCUUUUCAGAGUUCGUUGAUUUUAUCAUCACUCAAGCGAGCGCUGGGGAGCGAUUAGAAAUCCACUGGGAGCGAAUGCACAAGAUUUGUUACCCUUGUUUCUUUGAGUAUGAUUAUAUUGGAAAGUAUGAGACAUUACAAAGGGAUUCCAGGUUUAUCCUGGACAGAGUACCUGGCGCGCAAGGAUGGUCCCUACCAGAUGUCAAGGCGGACAAGGGUCGCACCACAAAGGCCAAUGAGCGGCGGUACUUUUCCCAGUUGAGGGUUGAUCAGUUACGAGGACUCUUAGAGGUGUAUAGGCUCGACUACGAGCUUUUUAACUACCCUUUACCUAUACACCUGUUCAACGUUAUACGAACAUAACGUUAUACGAGCAUUAUAGCUUUAUCAAACUGUCCAACUACCCUUUACCUAUACACCUGUUCAACGUUAUACGAACAUAACGUUAUACGAGCAUUAUAGCUUUAUCAAACUGUCCAACUACCCUUUACCUAUACACCUGUUCAACGUUAUACGAACAUAACGUUAUACGAGCAUUAUAGCUUUAUCAAACUGUCCAACUACCCUUUACCUAUACACCUGUUCAACGUUAUACGAACAUAACGUUAUACGAGCAUUAUAGCUUUAUCAAACUGUCCAACUACCCUUUACCUAUACACCUGUUCGACGUUAUACGAACAUAACGUUAUACGAACAUUAUAGCUUUAUCAAACUGUCCAACUACCCUUUACCUAUACACCUGUUCGACGUUAUACGAACAUAACGUUAUACGAGCAUUAUAGCUUUAUCAAACUGUCCAACUACCCUUUACCUAUACACCUGUUCGACGUUAUACGAACAUAACGUUAUAUGAACAUUAUAGCUUUAUCAAACUGUCCAACUACCCUUUACCUAUACACCUGUCCAACGUUAUACGAACAUAACCUUAUACGGACAUCAUAGAUUCAUCAAACUGUUCAAAGUUACACGAACAUCGAUGAUUUAUCAACCUGUUCAACGUCAAAUGAACAUCAUAGAUUUAUCAAGCUGUUCAACGUUACCCAACAUCAUAUAAAUUUAUCAAAUAAUUAUUCAAUGUGUUACACGAACAUCAUAUACCCUGGUUCCAGAGCCUCGUGCAGUCUGGGACCAGGGUAAACAUCAUAAAGAUUUAUCAAACUUUA